AUGCGUUUCAACAUCUUCUUUACGUUAUUCGUGGCCACGUUUAUCGUGAGCUGCGACAGCUUCAUCAGUGCCAAAACGUAUUCUCUGGACGACCGGACUUUUGAUAGCACUGAAGUGCACCACCUUCGUGGAAAUGACGAUAUCCAAGAGGAGAGAGGAGGAGAGCUAGGGGAAGCCAUCUCACACGGAUUAACUGCGGUUCGAUCAUCAGCAUCUCCGAAAUAUGUUGAUAUGACUGCUGACGAGCUCACGGAUCUAGCAAAGAAGAUUUCCGACACGCACAAUUUACUGAAACUCAGUAACACGGACAUGGCGAAAUUAAUGGCAGAACUUGCUGUUGUGAAAAAAGAAAAGAAGGAAAAGUGGCCGAUGAUCACCAAAGUUUUUAUUGUAUUAGUCGCUAGUGUUGGUAUUUCGUUUGCCUUGUCCGCACUUUUCGAGUUGCUGACACCGUACGGUGCCUAG